CACCCACGACCAGGGACCGCUGGAAAGCCGAGCCGGCUAUAAAAAGCCUCGGUGCGGACGGAGGAGCCACUGAGGAGCGAGUUGGGGCUGGUGACGACAAAGAAGCGAAACUCUGGCCGGGACUUGGGUGCUGAUCCUGCGACGCAGCGAUGGCCCUGAGGCUGAAUGUAAAAAUCCUGACCGGAGAGAUGUACUCCUUGGAUGUCUCGUCCAACCGCACUGUCUGGGAUUUCAAACUCCAGAUUAGCCAAAAAGUAGGAGUGUCCCCCUAUCAACAGAAGCUGGCCCAACAGAAUAGCACCUACGCCGAGCUGCGCGAUGGUGCCCUGAUCUCCGAGUACGGCUUGGAGUCUGGGAAUACCAUCUUGCUGAUGGUCAAGAACGAAGAAUCCAUCAGCGUCUUCCUGAAGACCGACAAGGGGAGAACCAACACCUACUGGGUUCUGCCUUCCGAUUCCGUGACCACGUUCAAAGCCCGGGUCCAGCAGCAGGAGAACAUCCGGGCGGAGCAGAUGUGGUUGGUCUACGAGGGGAAACCCUUGGAGGACGGACGCAAGCUGUCCGACUACAACAUUGCCCCCCAUGGCACCAUCUUCCUGAACCUGCGCUUACGUGGAGGCUAGGGAUGGGUAGAAGAUGGCCCCGCAGCCCUCUUGAUCUUCGACUGGGACUUAAUCUUUGGGGUCCCUCUCUGCCUUCUAAAUGUACAAUACCCAGCACCACUCAUCCCUUUCAGAAGGGAGCCUACAGACAUCCCAUGCUUGUAGUUGGGAGCAUACAGUCUGCCCGGAUCUGUGAACUGGGGGCAGGAAUCCCAACAGGGCAUCUGCAGGGCUUUUUCCAGGGGUGGGGGCCUCAUUUUGACCCACUGAGGCAAGUAGCAGGGCAAUAUGGACUCAGUCAUCCGAGGAGGAUCUCUCGGAUCUCCCUUGCCCCCUCCUUGAAAGCCAUGAAGGUCUAAGAAGUAGGCAGAUGCUCGCUGUGAAUUUUUCGAAUUGCGUUAAGGCAAGGGUGUCGUUUCCCCCCGCACACCACCACUGUGAACCGCUGCUUUGCCAGACCAGUCUCCGCUCCUCCCCUUCCUCUCUGGGUGCCCCCAUGCCUGUAAGUGAGGCCAGUUCCAGAGUUGGAGACACUGCUCUCACUUUCCCCUAGAGACAGAUCUUUCCCCCCCUCCUUUUUAAAAAACCAUUUGCAAGCCAAGGUGUAGCAAGUAAAGGCUAAGAAAUGGCUAGUUCGCUCUCGGCUUGGUUUGUUGUAAAUAUGUUGCUGCUGAAAGGAAGGAGAAAGAAAGAAAGAGCUACAGACUGCUCUUCCACAAACUCUGUGUUUUGAUUCCCAUCCAUUGGAUGCUCUGCAAGCAAGCUGUGAUGGACUUUAUGUAUGAGUUCUUAUGCUCUGGUUCUGCUGUUUCCAUUCCUACACUGGCUGUAUAGAUACCCUUCAUUCUUUGUGCACUUUUAGCAGUGGUGGGGAAAAACACAAAGCCCACCUCAUUGUUAAUAAAAACAAAAAAAAC